AUGUUGUUUUACGACUCGGAGCUUGAGCUUUUCAUCAACGAUGAGCCCCUUCUCAUCUCAUCCAAAACCCAAAACGCCGCUAAGGACAUCGGAAUCAAUCUUAGCUGGGACCAAAAUGGCUACAUUCACAAAGUAUCCCAUGCCGACGUAAUGGACCUUAGCGCCAAGCUGGGGGAAAUGAGGGACUCUACCGGCAAGAUUCUGGAUGUUCCCUCAUCUAGACCCGGCUGGUUUGAUCUCGACAACGUUGGAGCGGACGGCUUACCAACCUCUGUCUCUACGUCCUACGCAUCCCAAGCCAAAGCCAACAAUAAGAGUCGAAACCUUCCAUUGACAGUCGUCAAACAGAUCAUCUAUAACACCCAAUUUGACAGAGUUGUGCAGGAGAAAAUCUCAAUGUUUUUCAACGACAGAUUUCAUGACAAAGGCUUCCGAAGCGCCAUUCUGAACAUCGUCAAGAGCGCACGUACAGCUAUGCAUGGCUAUCACCAUGUCUCAUGCAAAGGAAAUGACGUUGUCAUCACGGAUGUGCCCCAUCAAACUCCCCGCCUUCUUCUGGCACCUCUUUUAGAAGGCAUCGUCAGGGAACACCUUCGUUUUUUCCGAGCUAAAUCUAUUGGCAUGUAUGUUUCCUGCGGCUUUUAUACUAAUGAACAGGGCGAUUACGGUCAAGUCAACAAGGAACCCAGCGUGAAGACCGGAAUCACCUUUAACGAGGUCAAGGCUCUGUUGGCAGAAGGGAGUCCUGAGACGAGUCUUAUGACAUUGCCCCAGUACUGGAAGGUAUACCGAGAAUGCCUAGAGCUGAAUGACUCUGUGACCCUCAAGAGUCUUCAGGAUUCUGACCAUGUGGAGCUUUUGGAUACCGUCUUUUAUCACUGCUCAAGCGUCAAACAUGGAAAUCAAAAGCAACCUACUCAGCAAUCUAUCUUGAUGGCCAGGCCAUCCUUGAUUCGACCCGACGACAUCAAUCUGAAAACGGGACUUCCUGAUCGCUUGACAUCACCGGACAACUAUGGUGACACGGAACUUUGGAGGUAUUGGUACACCAGAUCGGGAAGAGAACGUAGCCACGCGCGGUCAUAUCUUCGUCAUGGACCAGACAUGUAUUGA